GAGGCGCGCAGACCCUAAGCGAGCGAGCGAGCGAUCUUGAGCUGCCUGCUAGCAGGAGCUACCUUCAAGGCUUUGCGUCGUUUUUAGCCGUUUCGGAGUCGCUCCCAGUGUGAACGCUCUGGCUGCCGGGCGAGCAGGCGCCUAGGCCUACUGGGGGACAGGGCCCGCCCAUGGUGGGGAUCUCAGCGCGUCGCAGCGAAGACUCGAGCCCGACGCCCAAGAAGCUGUCGCGGCACCUGCUGCACCUCGUCAGCCGCGCGCAGAUGAGUCCGAGGGAGGCCGGUCGCGAGCCCUCGCGCUCGCUGUGGCGCCAGGCGCUGCUCUGGCCCUCCAGUCCCGCGAUCCUCAAGAAGAACGCUCGCGUGGCGGCGCUAGAGCGAAGUCGUAGGGCCAACAGGGCCAGUAGCAACCAGCACGAGACGCAGGCGUGCGCUGGUAGUGUCAGCUGCAGUGAGAUUCUAGUGACCGACAACAGCUCAGGCGCAGAACAACAGCAGCAGCAGCAGCAGCAGAACGACCAACCCCAGGGUGAGACGCUGCCGAAAGAAGGCAGUCCACGCAAAGUGGUCACGGAUGAGGACAACAACCUCCACGAUCUCAGCAGCUCGGUCAAGAAGCUCGCGCUUACCGGCCUCCGACCUGCUGCGAAGACCAGUGUCAUCCACCCGACCUCAGCCGCGUCGCCGUCGAAAGCUCUGCAGUCGGUGCCUGAGCCGUCGCUGUCCAUCGUCCUGCGCGCUUCGCUCUACCAAGAACUUCGCGAGUUUUGUGUCAAUGCAGACGCUCACAUCACGCUUUUUCCGGACUACUUCAGCGACGACGAGAAGCUCAUGGUGCAGGACGUGGCGCAGGAGCUGCAACUGGGCUGCCAGUUCGGCGAAAAGAACAUCGCAGUGUACAAGUUGCUCGGUCACUCGGUGCAAAGCCGACUGCAGCGCUCAAGUCCGCCUCCUAGCGGCGGACACCCUAACAACAACGCGGCUGAAGAUGUGUAUGUUGACGUUCAAGAACUGGCCCAGCACGGCAAGGACGGCUUUAUUGCGAAGCUGCGACUGCGGCGUCUGAGCUCGGGAAGUGGCAUUCGACGGAAUAUGCUUUGGGACGUGGCCGAGUUGAGCUCCACGGCCGAUGGUGUCGCUGAUCCCAUGAGUGAAGGAGAAGGCGGGGUGUAUGCAGUUCAAUCUCGAUCAAGCGGUCAGAAGCUCGCGCUUUUCAAGCCUGCAGAGGAGGAGAAAUUUGUGCGUGAAGGCUUGUUUGCCGGUGAAGGGGCUAUUCGAGAAGAGGUGGCGUAUGUGCUCGAUUCGCGCAGCAAUGGCUUCAGUGGAGUGCCGCCGACAGCGGUGGCACGCUUGAAGUUGACGAACGUCGGUCGAGCCAAGCAAGGAGCUGUGCAGCGCUUCAUGGCCAGCAGCAUUGGCAGCAUGGAGAGUUUCGGUAUGCCAUUCGACCUUGAGAAAGCGCGCGAGUUUGUCCCAGUGGAGCAGGUGCACCGCAUUGCGCUGCUCGACGUGCGCGUAUUCAACACGGAUCGCCACCCGGGCAACAUUCUUCUCAUCGGCGAAAAGAAGCCGUACACCAUGGUACCCAUCGACCACGGCUGCAUUCUUCCAAGCUGGUUCCACCUGUCUGAAGCGCGUUUCGACUGGCUCGAGUACCCGCAGUGCCGCGAAGCCUUCUCGCCUGCGGCUUUGCAGUACAUCAACUCGAUGGACGCCGAGCGAGACGCCAAGAUAUUGCGUGCAUUGGGCAUUCGAGAGGAGUGCGUGACCACGCUCAAGAUCUGCACACUGUUCCUGAAGCUCGCGGCUGGACAAGGCAAGACGCUGUUCUGGAUGGGGAGCUUCAUGACGCGGGACGGGUGCUUCCAGGAGCCCUCGCGCUUGGAGGUUGCCAUCAAGAACGCGUGCGACCGUGCCGGCAUUCCUUACACGUUCAAGGCCAACGAGUUCGACGAGCAGCGCGGCGAGAUCGAGCUGGGCGUGCUUAGCCGCCGUCCGCCCAACGAGUUUUUCCUCGCGCUCGAGCACUUGCUGCUCGAGGCGAUCCACAGUGACGAGUCCUAG